UUUUCCUGCUCUUGAAAUGACAACAACAAGUGAAUCCCCACUCAUGUACCCCAACAUGUGAAUAACAUUGAUAUCAAAUAGUAAAAAAAUAAAACUUUCUGACUGGAACAAUCAACAAGUGAACAGGACAAGCAAUUGUGUCCAUUAAACAACAACAGAAUUGUUUUUCCAACAACUAAUAAUGGAAAUGGCGAUAGAUGAGAAUAAUCCAACUCCCCAAGACCUACAACGUAAGCUGUACUUCCUAGUGGAGCAGCUGCAGAACAUGGCAAGUUGUCUCCCCCCAAAAUACCAGAUGAGAUUGCCCUAUGAGCUUCUGUCAGCCCUAGCCAAUUCCCUCCUCAACGACACGAUCUUCGAAAUAGUUAAGGGACUCAUGGAGAUCCAGCACGUCACCGAAAAGCACCUCUUCCAACAGCGGCUGCAGCUGUUGAACAGACAGAAGAUUGAGAUGCAGGAGACCCUUGCGAAUUUUAUCACGGAGGAGGACAAACUGACGGCGCAAAUAGCCCUGCAAGUCAAGCAUAAAGCUGAGCUGAAGCAGAAUGACUUGAAGCUGGUUAUGCAGCUGGACCAGAAGGUAGCCGAUCAGCAGAGUAUACUGGAGAAGGCUGGGGUGCCAGGGUUUUAUGUCACCGAUAAUCCAAUGGAGAUUCAGGUUCAGAUGAGACUCUGCGAUUUUAUCAUUCGUUUGAGCAAGAUGGAACCUAGCUAACCUUUGAAGAUAUUCAAGUGUUUAGGUUACUUUUUCAACAGUGAAGUGAUUCUCUUUUAACCUCCGAGUUUCCUUUCCCUUUAAUAUUAUUUAUUGUUCCAUCUGCAUGUGUCUCACUUUGACUUUGAAUGAUUAGGAAACGUGUCAUUAAAGAUAAAACAAUUUGUAAAUAUGAAUAUUAUUUUUCACUCUCUGUUAAUUGAGAGGAAUUGCUGAUUAUUUUAUACAAAAAUCAAUUGUAUUCAUUUAUGUACAAAUAAAUUUAUUUUCAGUACUA